CAAUUUAGGUAAGAAGUGUAACUUGUUUUUUUUAAUCAUAUGGUUUGAAAUUGGAAGAUUAGUUUUAGGCUGUUGGAGAGGGGGAGAGAGCACAGACCACUACCGAGGAGGCACGGCAAAAUAAACCUGACCUUUCCAACAUCCGAAUGGAUCACUUUCUCUCACCUUCUCCGAUCAAACUAUUCCCUACAAAUUAAACCUAUAUUUCUCUCUCCCAUCUCUCUCUACAAACACAAUAAAUAUAUCUUUCAUCUUUUCUAGGGCUUUUUGAUCCGAUCAUGGCUUUUUCAGCUGUGUCUCAGUUGUCUGUAACUGUCCCUGUUCAUAGCGAUUUGGCGCUUCGGAGACCUGUGUUUAAGACACACAGUAUAAGAUUUCAUGAUAGAUCAUGGAUCUCUGUCUUACCUUUGGACUUGAAAUUAAAGAAUGCAAAUUCAAGAAAUCAGUUCAUAGUGUGCAUGUCAGUGCAACAAGCCAGCAAAUCUAAGGUUGCAGUUUCACCUCUAGCGCUUGAAGAUGCCAAAGAGCCUCCACUAAACUUACACAAGCCCAAGGAACCUUAUACCGCAACCAUUGUUUCUGUUGAGAGGAUUGUAGGUCCAAAUGCUCCAGGAGAGACUUGUCACAUUGUAAUUGAUCAUGGUGGCAAUGUUCCCUACUGGGAAGGGCAGAGUUAUGGUGUUAUUCCUCCUGGUGAAAAUCCGAAGAAACCAGGAGCUCCCCAAAAUGUUCGUCUUUAUUCAAUUGCAUCCUCCAGGUAUGGAGACUCCUUUGAUGGCAAGACAGCCAGUCUCUGUGUUCGUCGUGCUGUCUAUUAUGAUCCUGAGACAGGAAAAGAGGACCCUUCGAAGAAUGGUAUAUGCAGCAAUUACUUAUGCAACUCGAAGCCUGGAGAUAAAGUUAAGAUCACAGGUCCUUCUGGCAAGAUAAUGCUUUUGCCUGAAGAUGACCCAAAUGCCACCCACAUUAUGAUUGGUACUGGUACUGGCAUUGCUCCUUUCAGAGGCUACCUACGUCGUAUGUUCAUGGAGUCUGUACCUUCAUUCAAGUUUGGUGGCCUAGCUUGGCUGUUCCUCGGGGUGGCCAACACUGACAGUCUCCUUUAUGAUGACGAAUUCUCCAAGUAUCUUCAUGAUUAUCCCGAUAACUUCCGGUAUGAUCGGGCCCUUAGCCGAGAACAUAAGAACAAGAUUGGGGGCAAGAUGUACGUUCAAGAUAAAAUUGAAGAAUACAGUGAUGAGAUCUUCAAACUCUUAGAUAAUGGAGCCCACAUCUAUUUCUGUGGGCUUAAGGGGAUGAUGCCCGGCAUCCAAGACACGUUGAAGAGGGUUGCAGAGCAGCGAGGGGAGAGCUGGGAAGAGAAGCUCUCACAACUCAAAAAGAACAAACAGUGGCAUGUUGAAGUCUACUGAUUUUGCAUUACUUCAGAGCUUGUUCUUGUCUGACGACAAGAAAAUGGUGCCUUUAUUCCUGUUAGUUACUGUGAAGUUUGUUUUUACAAGCACUUGUUAUUCAUCUAUUUUAUUAAUUGAUGAAGAGGGCAAAUUAUUCUCAUGUUCAAUACAAUUCAGGAAUCCCAGUGGUAAUAAUAAGAUUAUUCCUCUUCCUUUUGUUA